AUGACUUCUAUUCCAUCAAAAUCACCACCAAGUGAUUUUUAUAAAGCAUGUCGUGACGGACUAAUCGAUCAAGUUCGUGAACAAUUACCCAAGAUGUCUUUAGAAGAAAUCGAUCAAACUGAAGCGAAUGGUUCUUCAGCCCUUCAUGUAGCGAGUUUCUAUGGUCAUACGGAAAUUGUCAAGCUAUUAUUAGAAAAAGGUGCCAGUCGUUCAAUAGAGAAUGUGUAUAAAUGUGUACCAUAUGAUGAGGCGAAAACCGAAGAGAUUAAGCAAUUAUUUCUACGUCGAACGGCAUCCAAUAGAUUCGGUGACGAUGGAUCAGGUCAUAUCGAUUGGAUAAAAUGUGAUGCUGGAGCUGAAUCUCUUGCAAGUGAUUACCGAUAUCGUCAUAGUGGAUUUGGAUGGAAAACAAAAAAUAUUGAACUUCGUUUGCAGCAUAUCAAAGCCGAAAUGUCUCAUACGGAUCAUAAUGAAAUUAGCCGAUUUAUUAAUCAAGCGUACGAAAAUCCUUUCAGUAUUUUGAAAGCUUAUACCGUCGAGUCUAACUUUUAUAAGAAAUUGAAUAGAGAUUUGGCAACAACUCAUUAUGAUGGAGGUACUAAUUUUGGUUUAACCUAUUUUAUUGACUUCUUCUAUAAUCACCCAGCUUUUUAUAAGCUCUCCUACAAAGGAAAAGUCUAUCGUGGUAUAUGUACGACUCAUGAUGAUCUUAAGCAGUACAGUGUUGGAGGAAAAAUUAUGAAUAAAGCAUUCAUGUCAACAACCAAAGAUCGAAAAGUUGCUGAAGAGUUCGCGACAAAAAAUUUAACUCAUCGUAAAACACAAAACGAUGAAAAUAUAAAAUUUGCUAUUCUUUGUACAUAUGAAAUAAUUAAUGAUCGAACUGGCUUGAAUAUUGAAGAAAUAUCAGAAUAUAAACAUGAAAGAGAAGUGUUAGUAGGACCAUAUUCAGCUUUUACAAUUACAGCUAUACGAGAAGUUUCGGAACAUUAUAUUCAAAUAGAUCUUCGAGAGUGCGAAAAAGUCAAUAAUCAAGAUGAUGACGACGAUGAUGGCGACUUUGAUGAUGAUUAA